UCUGAUACAGAGAUGGUCUUGUCCAUAUAUCCAAAUAAAGGGGGGCCCCAUUACUCUAUCUAAUUCUUGUAUGUUAUCUCUUGCUCGUUGAAGUAGAGAAGAAAAAGUUUUGGAAGAGAAAAGGAAUGUCGCCGGAGGCGUGUCUCCACCGUUACCAUCCUCAUCGCAUGGUUGUACCAUCAGUCUUCUGCUCCCGUAAUUCUUUUCCUAUCUCAAAUAUCCGAAACCCCAUAGAAAGGCCACCGCCAUCGUUGAGGAAGAGAAUGCUAAUAAUGGUAGCAUCGCCUCCGACAUCAAUGACCAUAACUCGUACGAGACUACCGGCUUCAGCUGCGGCUCUUUCAUCCCCACCACCCCUUGAUCUGACGGAAGACAACAUCAUACGGGUUCUAGUCGAAGCUCGUGCCGAGCUGGGGCAGAUCUUCGACACUUCCGUUGGCAUGACAGGAGAAGUUGAACUGGCCGAGUUAGAUGGACCUUUCGUGAAGAUUAGACUCAAAGGUCGGUUUUGGCACAAACGUAGCACUGUUCUCGCCAGAGUCGGUAAUUAUCUGAAGCAGAGAAUCCCUGAAAUCUUGGAGGUGGAUAUAGAAGAUGAGAAACAGUUGGACGACAGUCCAGAAAACUUUUGAGGUACACGUGCGGCUUCACUAUUGUUUUUCUUUUCUAAUUGUCCAGCCUUUAGAAGAAUUGUUGUAGCAUUUUCAUGCACAAUCCCCGAAUGGAAGAGCUGCUACAUGCGAAUAGCUUAAAUGGGUAGAGAUUUUUUAUACCAAAAACAAAAGCUCCCAGAACUCUUGCGUUGAAGGAUUGCUUGUUUCUAUAUGACUCCAUUGGGAGUGGUAUUUGAGACUUUCUAAUUUAUCAAGAUGAAAGACAAAUGGAAAUGGAUUGCUUUAAUGCAAUAGUUUAGAUAACUAAAUGUAAUGUGGCAGUAUGGUAAGCAGCAGGGCUGCGCUCCCUACAGCAUCGUUGUAGAAAGGGGGUUGCAACAGUAAUCAAUGGGAAGUAAAAGCAUACAGUAAACUUAGAAACAUUUUUGGGGAAAUAAAGUCUCGAUGACUGUUUGUGAUCCGUGAAAUUGCCGCACAAUUCAUCAGCCAGAGGUAUGGUUUGGCAACCUCGGAAGUUUACAUCAUGUUGUUUGUGUAUUUGGCUGUCUUAUGGACAUCGAUUUAGUGUUACCAGAGGGGAAGUUACCCAAAGGAAAGAAAAUGCUGAGUUUAGUGGUAAAGCCGUAAAGAAACUCUCUUAAAUUGCAACCCUAACUUGAGCCUCUGAUGCUGAAUUUAGGUAUUGUAUCUUGCGAAGGUGGUUUGUCGAACCUAUUAGUGACAACUUGUUGAUAUUUUGUUCUUAUAGUAUUGCAAACUUCAUGACGCAGAUAUCCUCUUGAUUCUUUUUCAA